UAGUUUGUAUAGAAGUUUAGAAAAUAAAUAAAUAAAAGGGAGUUAGUCUUAUUUUAAUUUUUGUGGCGCACACUCCUUGCAUUGAAACAUUCUGUGGCUCUGUGUGUCUCAGUCUCACUCAUCCUUUGCAUCAGUAGAGACUAGAGAGUAAUACAAGGGCUGCAAAUGGCUUCCACUGUUGCAAGCUUGCCUUCACCAUUGUUGCUCCCUGCUAGAAAAUCACAAUCAGGGAACUUCUCAACUUUCCCUGUUUCUCUUCUUUCAGGGAGACGAAAGCAUGUUUCAUUUAUUGUGAAGGCUUCUGGAGAAAGUUCUGAAUCUUCAACUACCCUUACUGUUUUUAAGUCUGUUCAGAAUGUUUGGGAAACACCUGAGGACCGAUUGGGACUUGUUGGUUUGGGAUUUGCAGCCAUAGCAGCGUUUUGGGCAUCAACAAAUUUUAUUGCGGCCAUUGACAAAUUGCCACUUUUCCCAACUGUACUGGAAUUAAUUGGAAUAUUUUACUCAGUGUGGUUUACUUAUCGCUAUCUCGUAUUCAAGCCUGACCGGGAAGAGCUUUUUCAAAUCUUGAACAAGGCAGCAUCAGAUAUCUUGGGCUAAUAAGAUGUGCAGCCAAAAUGCUAUUCUAGAUUGUGAUUUGAAGUACAGAUUCUCUGCGGCAAUAGUUCUUUUGUGUUGGGAGAAGUGGGUGAAAGAAGGGAGAGGGGAAAGGGGCUAUGCUUGUCUUUACUCCUAUCGUAAAUGUAAGACUACUACAUUACAUCCAUGAAUUAAAGCUUACUUUUUUUGGGUUGACUUCUUUGUAUACAAUUAUAAUGAAGUUCCCUUGAGCAUUUGGAUGCAGUUAA